AUGGGAGACCUUUUUUCCUUAUUUUGGGAGGUGGAUCCUCCCCCCAUGCCUUUAAGCUUUACCAUUCCAAAUCAAGAUUAUGAGUGCCGGAGGGAUGACUCUUGCGGGACGAUAGGGAACUUCCUGCUUUGGUAUUUUGUCAUUAUAUUGGUCCUGGUGUUCUUCUCUCGGGCUUCUGUCUGGAUGUCUGAGAAGAAAAAGGAUGAAGACAGUGGGACAAACAUUUCAAUAAGUAAAGCAAGCAAAGAUACUUCCUAUAAGCGGCAAAGCAAAGAUGGUACCUGGGACUCUUUACAAAUGAUGAAAAAACCAAAGCAGAGCCAAUUUGCUCCUGUAACUGAAUCAGAAGUGGCUUUGGUCAACGCCUAUCUUGAACAGAGACGAAUCAGGCUUCAUCCUCAGUUCAGCCAGAUGACUCAGACCCAACAUGACAGUGAUACUACGGAGUGUGACAGUGAAGAAUCUAACUCGGGAGCUUCCUCAUGGAAGGAGAGUGAAAGUGAACACCACCCAUCACCAGCCAGUAUUAAGAAGAGAAAAAUAGCUCAGAGGCAAAAGAAUGUGGGAAGUUACCAGAUCAAGGAAAGGCCCUGCCUCCACUGCAAAGCCUUGAGAACCAAUGAAUGGUUGACACGCCAUUUCCUUCAAAACACCUCAGUAACAACCCCAAUGAAGGGAGAUAUUCAAGAGGAAAAUUCUUCACCUGACAUUAACACAAAGUUCAGUAAAUUUUGA